GGCCGUGGCUAUAAGAGCGGCACCGGGGGGCGUGCGGCUCCUGGGCUGCCCGCACCGCCCCCGCGCAACCCCGACCCGCACUCGGACUCGCCGUAACCGCCCUACACUCUUUCCGACAGCAGCAUCUGCCACUUAACCGGAGAGGCAUCACCGGGGCGGCGGGGAGCAGAGCAACCCCGGGGCGGAGCCCUCACGGCGUGCAGUAUCCCUAGGCAGUGCGGAGCAUCUCCGAGCCGGUACGAGCAUCCCGCAACAUCCUCGAGACGCCGCCGAACAUCCCCGGAUUGGUGCGGAGCAUCCCUGAGACGGUACAGAGCAUCCCGGAGCAUUCUCAGACUGGUACCAAGCAUCCUCGAGGUGCUACAGAGCAUCCUCACACCGGUACCGAGCAUCCUCGAGGUGCUACAGAGCAUUCCGGAGCAUCCGCGGACCGCUGCGGAGCAUUCAGGGACAGCACCGCUGCAGAGCAUCUCCGAGCCGGAGACUACCGGGACAUCCCGGAGCCCUUCCGGAGCAUUUCCGCGGCCGCCGCCCCGGCGGAGCCGGCCCCGCCGUGCGCCCCCGGGCCCCGUCGAGGCCGCCUGCGCCCCGCCCCGCCGCCGCCCGCUCCGCACAAUGGGGGCGGCGCGGCGCGGCGCGUAGCGGCGGGCGGGGAGGCGGCGGCGGGCAGGGAGGCGGCGGCGGGAGGGGAGGAGGAAGAGGCGGAGGCGGCGGCGGGGUACGCGGCUCCGGGAUGGUGCAGCGCGGCCCGCGGGGCCGGGGCGCGGAGGCUCGGCGGGAGCCCUGCGCCCCGCUGCCCGCUCGUGACACCGAGCCCGCCUGGUGCAAGACGCCGAGCGGGCACAUCAAGCGGCCCAUGAACGCCUUCAUGGUGUGGUCCCAGCAUGAGCGCCGCAAGAUCAUGGACCAGUGGCCCGACAUGCACAACGCCGAGAUCUCCAAGCGCCUGGGCCGGCGCUGGCAGCUCCUCCACGACUCCGAGAAGAUCCCCUUUGUCAGAGAGGCCGAGCGUCUGCGUCUCAAGCACAUGGCUGACUACCCCGACUACAAGUACCGGCCUCGGAAAAAGGGCAAGGUGGGCACCGGAGCAGCCCGCCCGCGGCUCCCAGUGAAGAUCAAGCCCUCCGUGUUGGGCCGUGUCUCUACCAGCCGCAGGCAGCCCGCCAAGCUGCCCACCAGCCCCAACAGCCCGCAGGAGCCCGCAGCAGAGGUGCCCGCUGAGGACAGCCCUGUGGUGCCUGGCACGGCCGCCUGGCACCCGCCACCCGACGGGGAGAACAGCCCCCAGGAGCCCCCUGCACCCCUGAGCCCUACCACACCCUGCCCGGAGCCAGGGAGCUCUCCGGAGAGCGGGUCCCCCUCUCCCAUGUCGGCUGGGUCCCCUCCCUCUUCCUUCAGCUCCUCCGACGAAGAGCUGGAGGAAGACCUGCUGGGGAUCAUGCCCGGGCGGGCGCCUGCCAGUUCCACCUGUGGUGCCCUGGACUGGUCCGUCUUCGACAAGGACCAUGACCUCUACCCGCGGGGAGGCUCCUCGCACUUCGAGUUCCCGGACUAUUGCACGCCCGAGGUGACGGAGAUGAUAGCAGGGGACUGGCUCAUGUCCAGCAUCUCGGACUUGGUCUUUACCUACUGAGUCCCACGCUCUGCAGGAAUCAGGUAUUUUGCCUUGAAGCUGCUGGAAGGCAGAGCCCCUGUUGCCCCCAUCCCCUGGCAUACACCCAUUCUCCAUCCGUCUGUCUGUCCGACUCUCGCCUCGUGCCCGCAGGACGCAUGAUCGCCCGCCGCGGUUAUUUGUCCGUGAAAUGCAUCUCAUCGGGUUUUCAUUGUCACACCCGGCCGCUUUCCCCCACGGCCCCGGCGCUGACAGCCAUGGCUGCUCCCGGCCGCUCCCAUCUCUGCCAGCACCGUGUGCCCUCCCGCUCUCCAGGAAGUAGGAGCAUCCACGCCACCCCAGCUCUUGGUGCUCACCCCACCUUCCCCAUCCCUUGGAGAAUGGCUGAUUCCGUUUGGUUUUUGACUGCAUUGAACGCAUGGCUUCAAUUUUCUCCUCUUCCUCUUUGCAGCCCUUGGGGAGGGAUGCCGAGCCAUGCCAAACUGUCCCUUCCCAGCUCCCUAUUCUGAGAGGGGGUCCCUGGCUUGGGGGUUCAGUGUCCCACAGCAGUGUCUCCUAUCCUGUGGUGUGUGCUCCCCGCCACUCGCUUUGGGAAGAGUGAAGUUGCACACACGUCACGAGCACGUGGGCGCGGGAGGCUGUGUUGUUUCUCUCGCCAGGCAGUUGUGAGCGGAAAGCUGUGCCACGGAGGGAGCCCGUGUCCGGAGUCACCCCAAAAUUGUAUGGGGACCAGCCCUUUGCUAAGCAGCCAGCCCUCAUUUUAACCUUGGAGCCUGUGCCCGUGCGGGACCUGCUGUGGGCUGGCUGACCUUGGCCAGUGGAGCCGGGUGUCACCGUGCCCAGCCGUGGCGUGUGGUGCUGCCAGGACGGUGGGGAGCAGCACGGAAGGGCAGGGUGGCAGAGAAGGGCAGCUGUGGGAAAUCUGCCUUAAGCAACCGCCCAAACAGGUCCAAGAGCAGCUGCAGCCAGUGCUGGUGGCCGUGUGGGGUGUGUGUGAUGUUCUGGCACAGGGCUUCUCCACACAGCACCACGCUGGGCUCCGCUGCCGGCCAAGAGCAGGGAGAUGCUGGCAAGGAAGGUGCUGCUGCAGCGGCUCCUCCAGCUGGGAUUUUCUUUGCUUUUCCUAAUGGCUCCUUCCUGCGACAGCCGCCUCCUCCCACUGCCGGGAGCACGUGGCUGCAGUGCUGGCUCGGCAGCUGCCGCAGGCUGUGGUUGGGGGGCAGGGGCUGCGCUCUGGUACAGCUGCGCUGGGUGGGGACCCCAUACAUCCCUGGGUCAUGGCUGGGGCUGGCAGCGACUGCAAGAGCUGUACUGGGCUCGGCAGCAACCGCUGCUUGAAGCAGCCCCUGCAGCCCCUCAUGACCUCGAUUCUUCAGGGGUUCUGGGUUUGUGGGGGCCCCCGGACCCUUUCCUGCCAGUGGGGUGCUGGCGGCAGCGGAGCACCCGUUGCUUGGGGCUCUGCCUCCCUGUUUUUGGGCUGCCGGUUCCCCCAGUCACAGGCUGCCCUGUGCUUGUCCCUUGCUGUCAGGCUGGACUGAGCUGUGACCAGGGGAAGGACAUUCCCCUCCUGUGUCAUAAGGGUGCCUAGGAGUAGGUGCCUGGCCCUGCUGCUGGAGCUGCUGGUGGCCCUGGCUCAGCCGUGGGGAUAGGCACUGCAGCGCAAGGAGGGGCGUGUCCCCGGGCCCUUUGCAGGGAUGCUUGAUGUCCCCCAGCCCAGUCCCUGGGGGCCCCUGGAGGCCCCCCGCGAUGGUCAACCAUCAGCAGUGUAGAUGUGUCGGUGUGUAGCGGUAGCUGUGCGUGUGUGUUGGCAUUAGCCACGGUGUUUCAGUACCCCCGUGCGGGUGCCAGCCUGCGGAGCCAGGCGGGCAUCACGCAUCAGACACGUGUUCCCUGGAUAGAGCGCGUCCUCUUCUCUGCGUCCCCUCCCUCCCCGGCCGUCCCCCACCGAAUCCAGUCCCGCCCCCAAAGGUGGAAAAGCCAAAUAAGCGCCGGGACAGCCGUGAUUCUGGCAGCCUGCUCCCGCCUCACCGCCGCCUCGGGGGUCUUUGCCUUCCCACCCCCUGGGCAGCCCCGCGCCAGGAGCAUCUGAAGCCCCCUCCCAUGUGUGAGCCGGGUUUGGGGUUCCCGUGGGGUCCGGCGGCCCCAGAGCUCUCUGACACACACGGAUCUCACCCAGCACCUCGGUGCCUUCCUGGGGUGCACAGCCACCCCAUUCUGUGGCCAGGGGUUCUCAGGGAGGGCGCUGAGGCUGACAGUCACCUGCCCUCCAUCCCUGUCCAUGGGGAAGCCAAAGCCCCCAGGUACCAGCAAGGCCUGAGGCCACAUUGAGGGUCUCGUAUCACAUGUGUGCUUUGCUGACCCUGCAGCUCAGGGCUCAGCUUCCGUUCCUAGGGGGUCCCGGUGGUCCCCUACGUGCUGUGCAUCACCCUUGAGCCAGGGUGAUCCCUCCACAGACCGUCAGGCGAAAUAUUUCCUCAGGAGCAGGUUCUGGGUCAGUGCCAGAACCAGAGCCAGCGCUGGGGUCUCCUGCCCUGGCUGCAAGCACAACAUCAUCCGCUUUGUCCCUGUCCUCACCCCUGUCCCCCUCCUCAAGUCUCGCCGGGUGUGUUUGUCAGGGAGAACCGUCGUGGACAAUGGUGGAUUUUCUGUGCCGUGUGGUUGUAGUGCUUAGAGACCCCUCCCAGCGUGCGGCCCCCUCCCGCUGCGCCCCCGCUGCCCGGUGCUGGCUGGCAUGCGUGUGCGAGCGUGUGUGCGUGCGCGUGCGACAUCCCGUCAUCACUCCAGACAAAGCGAAUAAUAAUAAUAAUAGUAAUAAUAAAUAAUAAAAAUAAACCAAACCUCUCUCAGGAAGCAGCUGCCCUGGCGGCGGCCGAGUGGGCCGGGGGUCCCCGGAGCUGGCGGGGCCCCAGCGCAGCCUGCGGACGGGCGCCAGCGCUCGGGGUCACCUUUGUAGUGUCGUGUUAGUGAAGGGUCCCUGUGUCUGUUAUCUUGGAGAAACAGGAUUUUUAGCCGAGGGGCAGUGAUGACCCCAUCUGGGCCUGUCUUGGGGUGUGACACAGCUGGCCCUUGCUCUGCAGAACCUCGGCUAACAAUGAUCCUGACUGUUGUGAUUAUGGAAUAAAGUGUGUUGGUCUGCUCCCCA